AUGCUAAAGAUGAGCAUCUCAGUUGUCUACAUUGCUGACUAUUUUGCUAAUAAUUCUGAACGAUUGAUUCCUUAUGCUGGUCCAGGACAUUGGAAUGAUCCGGAUACGCUGCUUUUAGGUAACUUUGGAUUAAGCUAUGAACAAAGUAAAGCUCAAUUGGCAAUUUGGGCUGUUCUUGCUGCUCCAUUUCUUCUGUCAAAUGAUUUAAGGACAAUUACGCCUGAAAUUAAGGAACUGAUUCUAAAUCGUCAAAUUAUUGCUGUUGAUCAAGAUCCAUUGGGGAUUCAAGGAAAGCGAUUAAGUUCUAUUAAUCGAAUUGAGACAUGGAUACGACCAAUAUCACCAAUUGUUAAUGAUGAGCAUUCAUAUGCUGUAGCAUUUGUAUCAAGAAGAACUGAUGGACAUGGAUAUGCCUUUAAAUAUUCAUUAGAGGAACUUGGAUUGACGAACGUGUUUGGAUAUGAAGUCAAGGACUUGUUUGAUUCAAAACGUGAAACAUUUAAGGUGGCUUUAGGCGAUAAGAUUGAGGAUAGAGUCAAUCCAACUGGUGCUAAUUUCUAUAAAUUCACUCCGAUUACAAAAAGAGAUUUGAGGAAAAUGUUAUAAAUUUAAAUAUUUUGUGAAUAAAUUGCUUUGAUUUAACUUUAUUCUUGAUAUUUGGUUCUUAGUUCUUGGUUUUUGGUCAUUGGUCCUUGAUCCUUUUUCCUUGGUCCUUGGUCCUUGGUUUGGUUCUUGAUUACUUGAUUCUUGGUUCUUGGUUCUUGGUUCUUGGUUCUUGGUUCUUGGUUCUUGGUUUUUGGUUCUUGAUUCUUGGUUCUUGGUUUUGGUUCCUGUUUCUUGGUUCUUGGUUCUUGGUUCUUGGUUUUUGGUUCUUGGUUUUUGGUUUUUGAUUCUUGGCUCUUUGUUCGUGGUUCUUGAUUCUUGAUUCUUGAUUCUUGAUUCUUGAUUCUUGGUUCUUGGUUCUUGGUUCUUGGUUCUUGGUUUUUGGUCCUUGGUUCUUGGUUCUUGGUUCUUGGUUCUUGAUUCUUGGUUCAUGAUUCUUGGUUUUGGUUCUUGGUUCUUGAUUCUUGGUUCUUUGUUCUUGGUUCUUGGUUCUUGGUUCUUGAUUCUUGAUUCUUGAUUCUUGAUUCUUGAUUCUUGAUUCUUGGUUCUUGGUUCUUGGUUCUUUGUUCUUGGUUCUUGGUUUUUGGUUUUUGGUUCUUGGUUCUUGGUUCUUGGUUCUUGGUUCUUGGUUUUUGGUCCUUGGUUCUUGGUUCUUGGUUCUUGGUUCUUGGUUCUUGGUUCUUGUUUCUUGGUUCUUGGUUCUUGGUUUUUGGUUUUUGGUUCUUGGUUCUUGGUUCUUGGUUCUUGGUUCUUGGUUCUUGGUUUUUGGUCCUUGGUUCUUGGUUCUUGGUUCUUGGUUCUUGGUUCUUGGUUCUUGAUUUUUGGUUCUUGGUCCUUGGUUCUUGGAUCUUGGUUCAUGGUUCUUG